AUGGCAUGGAAUGAGUUCUUCCACGCAACAGCUAGAGUUCCUGAGGAUCCUGUGGCUUGGGUUGGCAAUUUUGAGAGCGUUAUGCAUGAUGCUACGACCCUGGACCUCCCCCUAGCGAAGGAAGUCAUCCUCUGGUAUCUCCCACUGCAGAAGCUGACCGAGCCCUUCCUUGGGCAAAAGCUCGAUAUCUGGAAGGCAGAAUUUGCUGCUGCUAUCAAGAACAACACCCUGUCCUAUCGAGAAAUCGCAAGCCGGAUCCGACUAGAGAUGACGAGCUUGUCCUACCUUCGAAAGGGGUCCCGUGGGGUCAAAAGAGGAGGCGCAUUUCAUGCCGGUGAGGGAAGCUCGGAUGAGCCCUCUCUUGACGGCGAGGCUGCCGACCCUUUGCCCUCGAAGAAGAAGAAGAGGAAGACGAGGAAGCCCAAGUCUAAGGAGGAUAAGGAACCAGAGAAGUCAGCCUCCUCGAGCAAGACCUGCUCAGCUUGUGGUCAAUUUCACCCGCUGUCACAAUGUUUUUACAUCUCUAAGAACAAGGUGCCGGCGUGGUUUCAUGAGAAUCCGGCCACGAGGAAGACGGUAGACCAGAACCUUGCCUCUGACGCCUCCUUACGAGAUAAGGUCAAGAGAUUGAAGUCACAGGUAGAGGAAGGUCCCUCAAGUGAUUGA